AUGACCUAAUCCGAAUCCUUGAUAUCCUCUGAUGGAUUUAUAUCAGAGCAGUUGCAAGAUUUACUGAAAGCAUGCUUGACAUUUGUAAAGUAGACUUUUGCUGUUUAAGACGAGAACAAUAUUUCAGACAAAUUCAUUGAGCUCCUACUCAUGAUCUUCUCGAAUGUCUUCAACUUCCCAAUUAUCUUCACGCUAAUAUUCAUCUACGGCAGAGUCAGCAGCUUCUAUCAGGCCAAGCGCACCAAGUACUAUUUCCAGCCUUCGAACUCUCUGUUCUCAGAAAUGCUUCAAAAGAGUAAACUCACUUAAAUGAGAUAUAAACCUUGGACAUAUGCAUUCAAUGGACACUGGUAGGCUGUAUUGUACCCUGCAGUAGAAACUGUGCACAAGCUGCUGAGCAAUUUCAAGCUGACUGGCGAAGUGUUAGCCUUAAGUGAUGGUGGUCAGAUCCUUCUGGAUUGGUACGUCAACCCAAAUGUGACCACAGAAAACCCAGACGAAGAGAGCUAGGACGAGACUCAACAAGAUGUGGGUGCUCAUUACACUCGAAAGAACCCACUAGUGGUGAUUGUACCUGGUCUAACUGGGGACAGUACUAAUUUAUACGUCUAAAGUACUCUGAGAGAAGCAGAGAAACAUGGGUAUGAUGCAGUAGUCGUCAAUUAUAGAUGCUAGGCAGGCGUUAAACCAACAGUAAAUCAUAUUGUAACUUAUUCUUAAUAGAGCCCACACAUUUAUCAUGGAGCAAACACGACUGAUCUCUAGGAAGCCAUAGAAUGGAUAAUGGAUGUUAGGACUGAAUCUGAACUCUAUGGAGUAGGGAUCUCCCUUGGAGCAGGGAUCCUAGCCAAUUAUGUUGCCAAAAUGAAAGAUGACUGUCCUUUGAAAGCAGCAGUAAGCGUUGGAUGCUAUUACGACACUGAGCGAUCCAUGAAUCACUUGAAGACUUACUGGUUUGGAGUGUAUGACUACAUCCUUGGUUUAUUCACCAAGAUGACUAAUCAAGAAACAGUUCAAAUUAUUGAUGGGCUGAAUGCUAAACAUAAUCCAGACAGAAUCAUUGGUGCAGACUACAGCAAAGUCUAUAGACUCACAGGAUUUAUUGAGAAUAUUGUAAUGAAAAUUCAAGGAAUCAAAAACUACAAAGAUUAUCUUUUGGAAUCUAGCUGCACUCAUAGACUCAAGGACGUGAAGAUUCCUUUAUUUUUCCUGAGUGCCAACGACGAUCCAAUUUUCGGUAACAAAUGCAUUCCUUAUGACCAGUGCCAUGAGAACAUUCUAAUUGGAGUGACUAAAGCAGGAGGACAUCUGGGCUACUUCGAGGGCUUAGUCCUGCCUCACAAGCAGUGGUUCCCUGAACCAAGCUUUGAAUUCCUUAACUUUGUGCGUGAUCAAGGCAGAUUAGAUCCUCAGGGAUCCCUUUCUUAUAGCUACUCACUAACUCAAACUGAAAUCAAAAGAAAAUCAAGUCAAAAUGGCUUAGUACAGUUUGGAAAGAUUGUUUCAAAUGGAAGUUUGGAUAAGGAUUUGAGGAAGAGAUGCAUCUCAACUCCAAAUCUGUUAAUAGAUUGA